AUCAGUCUUCUACUUCGAACGAGAGUAGCUGUACGCGCCUUCAUCUUCAAUAUGAAAACAAUCGUCGCCCUCUGCGCCCUCGUGGCCAUCGCCCUCGCGGCACCCCCUCACGACUACAGCCAGACAUCCCUGGUAAAGGAGACACCGCUGGACAACAUCGGCCUCAACGGAUACCAGUACGGCUACGAGCUCUCCAGUGGCCAGGCCCAUCAGGAAUCCGCCAAGCUGAUAAACCCCGGCCAGGAGAACGAGGCCCUCGUCGUGCAGGGCAGCUUCACCUACGUCGACCCGGACACCAACGUCAGGUACACCGUCAACUACGUCGCCGACGAGAACGGAUUCCACCCCGAGGGAGCGCAUCUGCCGACCGUCUAAAUUUACUUUGGCCACGGGCGAGAUAUUAAAGAAAAAACGACCAGCACUGGGAUGAAUUUUCAUAAUCGUCGAAAUGGAUCCAAAGAACAAUUGACGAGCGCAGGGCAUUCUCGACUGUUUCAACCAUGCGACAUAAAUAUCUGCAUAAAUAGUCUAUAAUAAAUUCAUUGUUGUUGUAAAGAUACUGUGGAUAUACAUACUUAUUUAUGACGCAACAAUCGUAUGUGUAGCUGCGAAGCUGCAUUUUUUUCUAAUUAAUUAUCAUUCGCACGAUUGAUCGAACACGGACGAUAUCGAUAGAAAUAAAAUUUCAGAUAAUAAUCAAAUAUCGUUAAAUUAAUAUUAUGAGCUAGCCGUCAAAAUUCCAGCCAAUCUUUAAUAAUAUUUCGCCGACAAUGCGAAAAGCGAUCAUAAAGCGCCUCGCAACAGGUUUAAUUGUAUUUAGAUUCCGCAGCUAUGUUUGGAAAAAAAAAAAAAUUCCUAGCAACACUGCAAUUGCGUCUUUGUGCAAUAGUCCUGUCGAUCUCAGUUAAUAAGAAAUCUUAUUAAAAAAUUUAAAAAAAAA